AUGUCUGAACCAAAAGGUGAUAUCGGUUUGAUUGGUUUGGCCGUCAUGGGUCAGAACCUCGUUCUUAAUGCCGCAGACCACGGAUAUGAAGUCGUUGUCUUCAACAGAACAGUCUCAAAAGUUGACCACUUCCUCGCUAAUGAAGCUAAAGGUAAAUCCAUCAUUGGAGCUCACUCAAUUGAAGAACUCGUCAAAAACCUCAAACGCCCUCGCCGUAUCAUCCUUCUCGUCAAGGCUGGCCAAGCUGUCGACGACUUCAUCGCCCUCCUAGAACCCCACCUCGAAAAGGGUGAUAUCAUCAUUGAUGGCGGAAACUCCCAUUUCCCAGAUACUAUCCGCCGUUACGAAGACCUUAAAACUAGAGGCCUCCUCUUUGUAGGUUCAGGUGUCUCUGGUGGCGAAGAAGGUGCCCGCCAUGGACCCUCUCUCAUGCCAGGUGGACACCCUGAUGCCUGGCCCCAUAUCAAAGCUAUCUUUCAAGAUAUUGCUGCUAAAACUGAUGGUGAACCCUGCUGCGAUUGGGUCGGACCCUCCGGCUCUGGCCACUUUGUUAAAAUGGUCCACAAUGGUAUCGAGUACGGUGACAUGCAACUCAUUGCCGAGGCAUAUGAUAUUCUCAAACGUGGCCUAGGUCUCUCGGAUAAGGAAAUGGGCGAUGUUUUUACCAAGUGGAACAAGGGCGUUCUCGACUCUUACCUCAUUGAAAUUACAAGAGAUAUCCUCUACUACAAUGAUGACGAUGGAAAACCCCUCGUUGAAAAAAUUCUCGAUGCUGCCGGUCAAAAGGGUACUGGCAAAUGGACUGUCGCUGCUGCUCUCGACUAUGGUGUCCCCGUGACUCUCAUUGGCGAAGCCGUCUUCUCCCGUACCCUCUCUUCUAUCAAGGAUGAGCGUGUUCGUGCCUCUAAGAUUCUCACUGGCCCCAAACCCGCCUUUUCUGGUGAUAAGCAGCAGUUCAUUGAUGAUCUGGAACAAGCCCUCUAUGCCUCUAAAAUCAUUUCCUACACCCAGGGUUUUAUGCUCAUUCGUGAGGCUGGUAAGGUCCAUGAAUGGGAGUUUAACAAUGCCGGUCUCGGUCUCAUGUGGCGUGGUGGCUGUAUCAUUCGUUCUGUCUUUUUGGGCGAUAUUACCAAGGCUUACCAAAAGAACCCUCAGCUUGAGUCAUUACUCUUUGAUGACUUUUUCCAUGCUGCCAUUGAUAAGGCUCAACCCAGUUGGCGUCGUAUUAUUGGCCUUGGUGCCGAGCUUGGAAUCCCCACUCCUGCUUUUGCAACUGCUCUUGCUUGGUACGAUGGUUACCGCUCUGAUCGUCUCCCAGCAAAUCUUAUCCAGGCCCAGCGUGAUUACUUUGGUGCUCACACUUUUAAGGUUCUCGAUGAGUUUGUUUCACAAAAGUACCCCAAGGAAGGCGGCAUCCACACCAACUGGACUGGCAGAGGUGGCAACACUUCAGCUUCAACCUACAAUGCUUAA